AUGGCUUCUCCUUCUUCUUCGUCUCCUCCUCCGCCUGUCAAUUGUCUACACGAUGUUUUCCUCAGCUUCAGAGGGGAAGAUGUCCGCCGGAAAUUCCUUUCCCACUUUCUCAAGGAGCUCGACCGCAAAUUAAUCACCUUCAGGGACGAUAAGAUUGAGAAAGGCCGAUCUAUUGCCCCCGAGCUUACCGACGCCAUUAGAGGAUCGAGGAUCUCGAUUGUCGCGUUUUCCCAUAACUUUGCUAGCUCGAGCUGGUGCUUGAACGAAUUGGUCGAAAUCAUGAAUUGCAGAGAAGAACAAGGCCUAAUCGUGAUUCCCAUUUCCUACGAUGUGGAUCCUUCUCAUGUGAAAAGACAAUCCCACGGCUUCGGUGAGAUCUUCGAAAAGACUUGCCAAGGCAGAUCGGAAGAAGAGAUACUUCAGUGGCGGCGAGCGCUGACCGGGGCAGCAACCAUAACCGGAGAGGAUUCUCGGAUUUGGUCUGAUGAGGCGAAGAUGAUUGAGAAAAUCGUCAAUGAUAUAUCAAAUAAACUGAACUCUACAGAAUCCAAUGAUUUUGGUAACUUUGUUGGUAUUGAAGAUCACAUGACAAAGAUGAAAUCGUUAUUGAAUCUGGAAUCGGAUAGAGUGAUAAUGAUAGGGAUUUGGGGUCCAUCUGGAGUUGGCAAGACUACCAUAGGACGAGCUCUCUUUAGUCAACUCUCAUGUCAGUUUUCACACAGAAUUUUCAUUGAUAAGACCAAGGAAAACUAUUCAAGGGCAAAGUCAAACGACUACAACACGAUGUUGUACUUGCACACACAGUUUCUCUCUGAAAUUUUGGACCAGAAAGACAUCAAGAUACAUGGUUUAGGUGCGUUGGAAGAAAGGUUGGGGCAUAAGAAAGUUCUUGUUAUUUUGGAUGAUGUUGAUGAUCAAGUCGUCUUAAAGGCCUUGGUGGGGAAUAUUUGGUGUUUUGGUCCUGGGAGUAGAAUUGUUGUGAUUUCGAAAGAUAGGGAGCUUCUAAAGGAUUGUGGAAUCGAGUAUGAUUGUAUUUACGAGGUGGGUUUCCCGUCGAAAGAGGUAGCUUUCCAGAUGUUCUGUCGAUGUGCAUUCGGGCAAGACUCUCCUCCUGAUGGUUUUAUGAAGAUUUCUAUUGCAGCUGCAAGGCUCACCGAGAAUCUUCCACUGUGUCUCAAUGUUUUGGGUUCGUCUCUGCGAGGGAUGAAGAAGGAGGAGUGGGCAGCAAGAGUUCCUCAGCUUAGAAAUAGUAUGGCUGGAGAAAUUGAUAAAACAUUAAGGGACAGCUAUGAUAUGUUAGAAAGUGAUCAUAAAGCACUAUUUCGUCACAUCGCUUGUUUAUUUAACCAUAAACCACGUAGCUACGUGAUGCGAUUGCUUGGAGAUAGUAAGUUGGAUGUUGGUGCUGGACUUGAUGCUCUAGCUGAAAGGUGUCUCAUACAGAUAUCUGAGGAUAACAUCAUUAGGAUGCAUGAUUUCCUGCAAAACAUGGGUAGAGAAAUCGUCCGUCAACAAGAACAAGAUAUUCCUGGAAAACGUCAGUUCUUGAUGGACUCUAAGGAGAUCUCCGAUGUACUUGUUGAUGGAACUGGAACUAAUAGUGUUUUAGGCAUCUUUUUGAACUUAUCUGAAGUUGAGGAUGGGUUUUCUAUUAAUAAGAAAGCAUUCAAAAGGAUGAAAAACCUUCGUUUCCUAAGCAUCUACGGGGUCUUACAAGAGGAGAAAGAAGUCUUGCUUCAUUUACAAGGAGGUGAAGACAUUAUGUGGCGCCAACUUAGAUUACUGGAAUGGUGGGGGUGCUUAAUGAGAUCCAUGCCUCUUAACUUUCGUCCAGAAAACCUCGUUGAACUCAAAAUGCCGGAUAGUCACCUUGAGAAAUUGUGGGAAGGAGUUCAGCUGCUUAAAAGCCUCAAGAAGAUGGAUCUGCGGAGAUAUAAAAUGCUGAAAGUAAUCCCUGAUCUUUCAAAAGCCACCAAUCUCGAGGAAUUGUAUCUUGGAGAUUGUUGGAGUCUGGUGAUGAUUCCUUCCUCUAUUCGGAAUCUCAACAGACUCAGGAAGCUAGACAUGAGAAGAUGCAAAAGACUGCAGGGUCUUCCAACCGACAUCCACUUGGAAUCUCUCCAUUCCCUCGAUCUUAGUGGAUGCCUACAGUUGAGAAGUUUUCCUCAGAUUUCAAGUAAUGUUUCAUCUCUCUUUCUAGAUGAAACAGAGAUUGAAGAAGUUCCUGCUUGGAUAGAAGUUAUCGCUGGGCUCAAUUACAUAUUGAUGAAUGGUUGCAGCAACUUAAAAUAUAUAUCUCCAAACAUUUUGAAACUGAAAGAUCUUGAGGUGAUAUUCUUUUCAAACACUUCUUUAACUGAAAAGAGUUGGCAUGACUCUCCAAGUGCAGUGGAAAUAGCAAGAGACAACAUCCACACUCAAUUACCAGAUGCUUCUGUCUCUCGUAAUUGGAAGAACGAAGUCUACCUAAGCUUCAGUGGAAGGGAUGUUAACAGAGCUUUAAUCAGCCACUUUAUCAAGGCAUUCCAUUGCAAAGGAAUCAGUACAAUUAUGGACCAGGCGGUUGAGAGAAGGCAGAACCUAGCCACUGAGUUUGUACAUGGGAUACGAGAAUCAAGAAUAGUUAUAGUCAUGCUUUCAGAUAAUUACGUGUCAUCGAGAUUGUGCUUGGAUGAGUUGGUGGAGAUCAUAAAGUGCAGAGAAGAGACUGGUCUAAAAGUGAUACCCAUUUUUUAUGGUGUGGGUUAUGUUCAUAUCAGGAAGCAGAUCCGAGACCUUGGAAAGACCUACAAGAAGAUGUAUAGAGUGGACAAGCAACAAAAUUUGGUACGAGCUCUUUCUAUAAUAAAGCUGAUUCCGGGAUAUGAUUGCCGGAACUGGGCUUCCGAAGCAGAGCUAACUGAAACAAUUGCUGAUGAUGUUUCUUUUAAACUAAAUUUUACACGAAAAGAGAUUUAUGAUGUGGUUGGAAUAGAAAUGCUGCCCAAGAUUCGUAAAAGCUUAGACCAGGAAACUGAGAAAACAUUAAAAGUGCAUUACGAUGGUUUAAAUGGGAACGAGAAAGCGUUGUUUCGUCAUAUUGCUUGCUUUCUGAAUAGCGAAACAUAUGAGAAUGUGAUGCGAUUGCUGGAAGAAAGUUGGUUGGAUGUUGGAUUUAGUCUUAAGAUUCUAUAUGAUAAGUCUCUGAUACAAAUAUCGGAAGAGAGAGUCAUUAGUAUGCACGAUGGGCUGCGACAACUAGGCAGAGAAAUAGUUCUUGGACCUUUCAUUCACCAGCCUGCAAAGCGUCAAUUCUUGAUGGAUACUAGCCAGGGUUGCGACCUACUUAUUGAUCAAACUGGUACGGAAAAUGUGUUCGGCAUAUCGUUUAAAGUAGCAGAAAUGGAAGAGUCAUUGAGAAGAGAUGGAAAAUUCAAAGGAUUGAAAAAGCUACAGUUUAUGAGAACGUGCAAGGAGAGUUUGUACGGUAAAGAAGUCAGAUUGCAUUUAGUGAAAGGCCUCCACUCUCUGUGGCACCGCCUUAAUAUUACUUGA